GCUUCCGGCGGUUGCGGCCCCGCCCGUUCCGCUGGCGGCGGGAGGGGGCACUUCCGGAGAGCGGGGCCGUCCCGCCGCCAUCUUGGGCCGGCUCCGGGGGCUGCGGCGGCGGCGGCGGCGGCGGAGCGGGUCCCUCCAUGGGAAGAUGCAGCGGGCGGGGGCGGAGGAGGCGGCGGGGUCGCAGGCGGCGGCGGGGGGGCCCGGGCGGAGCGGAACCGAGGUGGCGGCGGCCCCCGCCGGGCGGCUCCUGAGGCGGGAGCUGCGGCUGCUCGAGUCCAUCUUCCACCGGGGCCACGAGCGGUUCCGCAUCGGCAGCGCCUGCCCCGACGAGAUCAGCUGCGAGUUCGUCCCGGGGGCCGGGGCCCGCGCCGGUGCGUCCGCCUCCCGGGGGCCGCCGCCGGGGCCCGUCCGCAUCCACUGCAACAUCACGGAGUCUUAUCCAGCUGUUCCCCCAAUAUGGUCUGUGGAGUCGGAUGAUCCGAACCUGGCAGCUAUCCUGGAGAGGCUGGCGGAAGUCAGGAAAGGAAAUACGCUGCUCUUGCAGCACCUGAAGCGAAUAAUCUCCGACCUGUGCAAACUCUACAACCUCCCCCAACAUCCAGAUGUUGAAAUGCUGGACCAGCCUCUGCCGGCAGAACAGAGCACGCAGGAAGAGGUGUCCUCUGAAGAAGAAGAUGAAGAGAUGCCAGAGGACACUGAGGACUUGGACCACUAUGAGAUGAAAGAAGAAGAGCCAGCAGAUGGGAAGAAGACAGAGGAUGAAGGCAUUGGGAAGGAAAACCUGGCCAUUUUAGAGAAAAUAAAAAAGAACCAGAGGCAAGAUUACUUAAAUGGUGCAGUGUCUGGGUCUGUGCAGGCCACCGACCGGCUAAUGAAGGAGCUCAGGGAUAUUUACCGAUCACCAAGUUUCAAGGGCGGAUACUAUGCAGUUGAACUAGUGAACGACAGCCUAUAUGAUUGGAACGUCAAACUCCUGAAGGUUGACGAGGAUAGCGCUUUGCACAAUGAUCUCCAGAUCCUCAAAGAGAAAGAAGGAACAGAUUUCAUCCUCCUAAACUUCUCCUUUAAAGAUAACUUUCCUUUUGAUCCACCGUUUGUAAGGGUCGUGUCCCCGGUGCUGUCAGGGGGGUAUGUUCUGGGUGGCGGUGCCAUCUGCAUGGAGCUACUUACAAAACAGGGCUGGAGCAGCGCGUACUCCAUCGAGUCGGUGAUUAUGCAGAUCAGCGCAACUCUGGUGAAGGGGAAAGCGCGAGUACAAUUUGGAGCCAAUAAGAAUCAGUACAGCCUGACAAGGGCACAGCAGUCCUACAAGUCCCUGGUUCAGAUCCAUGAGAAGAACGCUGCUCCUGGGUGGAUCGUACCCUGUGCUGGCAGGGAGCAAACCCUUUUGCAGCGGCUGUGCCACGCUGCAUCUUCAGCCCUGGUCACGGGGUGCUGGCUGGAGCUGAGGGACGGUGCCAGAGGUGGGGCACAGGAAAACCCUGGGGCUCUUGGCGUUGACUGCGAAGCUCAUGGACAAGCCAUGCGGGAAGGUCCGGAACAGCCAUGGUGGAAGAAGAAAAACUGUUGUUUUCCCUUUUUUUUUUUUUUUUUUGACAACAAGGGAAAACAUGGCUCUUGCCCCUUUCUCUCCCAGCCCAAGAACAGACUUUUCUCUUUAUAAACUGCAAAUUUACGCCCUGGAAGUGGAGAAGGGAAGAUCUGUACGACAGAUACUGUGUCCCGCUGUGGAUGAGCUGUUUGUAUGCACAGCCCAGGGCUGCCAGCUCUCGCCCCAAACUUCGUGUCCUGUCUUGCCAAGCGGCAGGAGAUGAGCGGUGGUUCGGCCGUGCCAAACCCAGAGCUGUAGCCCCUUUGCCCUGUCUCUUCCCCACCAACCAGGGGGAGGGUGACCGAGCCCCUCCUACCUGCGGAUGAAACCUGGGGGCAGUGCUGGGUGUGAUUCCUGCUCCCAUCCCUGCUGAGAACUUGCUCCUGCAGCGAGUGGCCCCGUUCUGUGGGGUUUUAUUUUACUUUUCCUCUUCAAGCCAUUGUUCCUGCUCUGCUCAGUGCUGCAGGGAAGGUUUUGCUGCAGUCAUGCCCUGUUGCUUCAGCCCCUGCUCUGUCCUGAGGCUGCUGGAAGGAGAUUGGGGUGUUGGAACUCAUCUAACUUCUGCUGUUGUGUCCUCGGCUGGAGGGCAUAGCUGGCUCAUUAGUGUGUCAAAGCUGAACCAUCAGUAUUAAUUUGCUGUGUUUGAAUAAAAGUUGUUAGAAAAAUCAAAGGG